AUGAGCGAACAGCAGAAGGCGCCGACGUCGACGGCGACCAACGCGUGCCUGGAAAAGAAGGCUAUGUAUGACCAGUGCUUUGACGUGUGGUACCGCGACGUAUUCCUGCAGAACAAGAGCCAAGGCAAGCUCGGGUGCCAGGACCUCUACAAGGACUACUCGGCGUGCGUUACCGAGGAGCUCCAGCAAGACGCAUCGCUCGUCCAGUCCAUUCGAGCCGAGAUGAAUCCUUCGCACACUGGCCGCUGGAUUGGCAAGGACUUGCCGGAAGUAGGCAAGGCAGAUCCAUCCAAGAGGAAAUAGCAUCAUCCCUAAUCAUCCAACCCCACAAAUCGAAUGCAAUAAUGUUUCUCGUA